CACUGUUUAAUGCAACUAAUUCAAUAAUCUACAGCAAUAUGGGCAUACUAGGGUUCCUCCACGCCUUUGCAGACUAUCUGCUAUCGCUGGUCAAGAUCGUCCAAAAUCGAGAAGUUGGCUGGAGGACGAUUAAUCGGAAGACUGGCCGUGAAAUUCGCGAGCAACAACCCUUGUUGAAGAAGCUCAAGCUAUUCCUUCUUUUCAACCCGUUGACAGAAUGGAUCGAUACAACCCACUUUAUGCGUCUUCACCUCCAUAAAAAGAAUUAUGAAAGCGGCAUAAGAGAAGGAACACCCGCCUCCAAAAACCAAAUCAAAUCCUUCGUAAACUUCUACCACAUCAACAUGAACGACUUUGAACCCUCCGAAAUCAACGCCUACAACACAUUCGAAGACUUCUUCGUCCGCGCCCACAAACCAGGCUCACGGCCCAUCCACGCCAAAAACGAUCCCGCAAAGGCCGUCGUAGUCGCCGAUUCCCGCGUCGUAGUCUACGAAACCGUCGCCGAAAGCAAAAAGAUCUGGAUCAAAGGUAACGAUUUCACAAUCACAAAUCUGGUCAUGGAUAAACAACUCGGUCCGUUAUUUGAUGACGGCUCUGUGGCUAGUUUCAGGCUUUCGCCGCAGGAUUAUCAUCGUUAUCAUAGUCCUGUGAGUGGGAAGAUUAAGUUGUUUAGGAGUUUGCCGGGGAAUUAUUACCAAGUUGAUCCCUUGGCGCUUAGGAGUGGGUUGGAUAUAUUGUCCAAUAAUGCGAGGGAUUAUGUCUUGAUUGAGUCGGAGCAGUUUGGGGAUGUGUUGUUUGUGGCUAUUGGGGCUACGGAUGUGGGAACUGUAAUGAUACAUGAUAAGUGGCAGAAACCGGGAAACUACAUCAACAAAGGCGAUGAACUAGGUUUGUUCCAGUUCGGCGGAUCCUCGAUUAUCGUUGCCUUCCAGAAGGGACAUAUUGAGUUCGACAAGGAUUUGUUGGAUGUCAGCAAGGCUGCAAUUGCUAUGGAUGUGGAGAUAGGAAUGAGUCUUGGAAAGGCUGUGAAGGUGUCCAAGUCUUGAGUUGGAUAUGUGUCCAUGUAUUGUAUAGUGUAUAAUAUGGUGUUAUGGCACGAGAUUGCGUGAAAUUGAUAGUUGUUUGUACAAUAUCCAUUACAUGUCAUUGGUCAUGAACUCGAUGAUUAGUUAUGAGAUGCC